CUCUCCCGGUCUCACUUCUUCCCCAUUCCUCUCAUCUCUCUCCCGCGCGCUCUCACCGCCCGCCGCCGCAGCCGCCUCUGAGCUUGGACUUCCGAGGUCGACGCGCCCGGGUCCCCUCUUCCUCCAAGCAAAACCGAAACUGCGACAAAGCUCACGGCGUUUCGCGGCAAAGCUUGAACUCUCCUGCUCCCAUUCCCAUGGCGACGCCUCCGCUCUCCUCCAUUUCCAGCAACCACCGCGCCCCACCACCAUGGCCACCUCCCAAGAACACCACCAACCGGAGAACAAGGGUUCGUUGUGGCGUGCUCGCGCCACCCGCUCAGGUCCUGGAGGCGGCCGCUGCUGCAAGUCCAAGGAACACCAAGAAGCCACCGAACCGAGUCCCGAGGUCCGACGACGUGAACGUGCAAAUUCAGAGACUCUGUCGGUCGGGCGACCUCACGGAGGCUCUGAGAUUGCUGGGCUCUGACGGGGUUGAUGCACGGAGCUACUGCGCGGUCAUUCAGCUAUGCGCGGAGGAGAGGUAUUUGGAGGCUGGGAAGAGAGCCCAUGCCUUGGUUUGCGCAUCCGGUGUCGGAACUGGUGGAAUGGAGAGUGUUCUUGGAAAGAGGCUGGCGCUAAUGUACGUGAAAUGCGGGGACCUGGGGAGUGCAAGAAGGGUGUUUGAUGAAAUGCCUCAAGUCAGUGAUGUCCUUGUCUGGACUUCACUGAUGAGCGGUUAUGCGAAGGCUGGUGAUUUUCAAGAAGGUGUUUUGCUAUUCAGGCAGAUGCACUGCUGUGGGGUUAUUCCGGAUGCGCACGCCAUUUCCUGUGUCCUAAAGUGCAUUGCCAGUUUGGGCAACAUCAUGGGCGGCGAGGUGCUUCAUGGGUACCUUGAGAAGUUGGGUCUCGGGGCACAAUGUGCGGUUGCUAAUGCUCUGAUAGCAUUGUAUUCAAGGUGUGGCCAGAUUGAGGAUGCGCUGCAGGUAUUUGAUGGUAUGCAUCACCGGGAUGCCAUUUCUUGGAAUUCUGUGAUUAGUGGAUGCUUCUCAAACGGGUGGCAUGGUAGGGCUGUUGAUCUUUUCAGCAAAAUGUGGUUUGAUGGUCUGGAGAUCAAUUCAGUGACAAUGGUCAGUGUUUUGCCUGCAUGUGCGGAAUUAGGUUAUGAGCUUGUGGGGAAAGCGGUGCAUGGGUACUCUGUGAAAGCUGGAAUUCUCUGGGAGCUUGAAUCUUUAGAAAGUGGAAUAGAUGAUGUUCUUGGAUCCAAAUUGGUAUUCAUGUAUGUGAAAUGCGGUGACAUGGGCUCUGCAAGAAGGGUGUUUGAUGUAAUGUCAUCAAAAAGUAAUGUGCAUGUAUGGAAUCUGAUAAUGGGUGGGUAUGCAAAGGUUGGUGAAUUUCAAGAAAGCCUCUUACUUUUUGAGAAAUUGCAUGUUCUUGGAAUUACACCGGAUGAACACACCAUUUCUUGCCUUCUGAAGUGUAUCACUAGUUUGUCUGGUUUCAGGGAUGGCUUGGGGGCUCAUGGGUAUCUAGUAAAGUUGGGUUUUGGGGAACAGUGUGCAGUUUGCAAUGCACUGAUAUCGUUCUAUGCAAAAUCGAACAUGAUUGAGGAUGCGCUCAAGGUGUUUGAUGGAAUGCCUCAUCAGGAUAUCAUUUCUUGGAAUUCUAUAAUAAGUGGAUGCACUUCCAAUGGAUUAUACGAUAAAGCUAUUGAGCUGUUUGUAAGAAUGUGCAUACAGGGACAGGAGUUGGACUCGGCUUCGUUGCUUAGUGUUUUGCCGGCUUGUGCACAAUCACGCUAUUGGUUUGUAGGACGGGUGGUUCAUGGCUGUUCGGUGAAAACUGGGUUGAUUGGGGAGACAUCUCUUGCUAACACUCUUCUCGAUAUGUACUCAAAUUGCUCAGAUUGGCAUAGCACCAAUCAGAUAUUCAGAAGCAUGGAUCAGAAAAACGUGGUGUCGUGGACGACGAUGAUCACGAGUUAUACAAGGGCUGGGCUGUUUGACAAAGUGGCUGGGUUACUUCAAGAGAUGGGAUUAGAUGGUAUCAGACCAGAUAUCUUUGCAGUUACUAGUGCUCUUCAUGCUUUUGCUGGUGGUGAAUAUUUGAAACAAGGCAAAUCUGUCCAUGGAUAUGCCGUCAGAAAUGGAAUGGAGAAAGUUCUUCCUGUUGCUAAUGCACUGAUGGAAAUGUAUGCGAGAUGCGGGAAUAUGGAAGAUGCUCGUUUGAUUUUUGACCGUGCGAUGAAUAAGGAUAUAAUCUCAUGGAAUACACUAAUAGGAGGUUACUCCAGAAAUAAUCUUGCCAAUGAAUCCUUUAGUUUGUUCAGUGACAUGUUGCUCCAAUUCAGACCUAAUGCGGUGACCAUGACCUGCAUCCUUCCUGCUGCUGCAAGCCUUUCAUCCUUGGAGCGAGGCAGGGAGAUACAUGCUUAUGCACUGCGAAGAGAAUAUCUGGAAGACAAUUAUACAUCCAAUGCACUCAUGGACAUGUAUGUUAAGUGCGGUGCGUUACUAGUAGCUCAACGUUUGUUUGACCGUCUGACUAAGAAGAACCUCAUCUCUUGGACCAUCCUGAUAGCUGGAUAUGGCAUGCAUGGUCGUGGCAGAGAUGCCAUUGCUCUCUUUGAGCAGAUGAGAGGCAGCGGCGUUGAGCCAGAUGCGGCCUCUUUCAGCGCCAUACUGUAUGCUUGCUGCCAUUCUGGUCUUAGAGAUGAGGGAUGGAGAUUCUUCAAUGCUAUGCGGAAUGAACACAGAAUAGAGCCCAAACUGAAGCACUACGUCUGCAUCGUUGACCUGCUUAGCCAUACCGGAAAUCUGAAGGAGGCUUUUGAGUUCAUUGAGUCAAUGCCGAUUGAACCUGAUUCAAGCAUCUGGGUUUCAUUGCUGCAUGGAUGUAGAAUCUACAGGGAUGUCAAGCUUGCAGAGAAGGUAGCAGAGAGGGUCUUUAAUCUGGAACCUGAGAACACAGGGUACUAUGUUCUUCUUGCCAACAUCUAUGCCGAGGCUGAGAGAUGGGAGGCUGUCAGGAAGCUGAAGAAUAAGAUUAGCGGUCGAGGGCUCCGUGAGAACACUGGCUGCAGUUGGAUUGAGGUCAGGGGCAAGGUUCAUGUCUUCGCCGCGGAUAACCGGAAUCACCCGCAGGGGAACAGAAUUGCAGGGUUCCUGGAUGAUGUUGCCAGAAGGAUGCGGGAAGAAGGUCAUGAUCCUAAAAAAAAGUAUGCUCUGAUGGGUGCCAAUGACGCGGUGCAUGACGAGGCACUUUGUGGGCACAGCUCGAAGCUCGCCGUUGCAUUCGGUGUGCUGAAUUUAUCGGAAGGGCGGCCAAUCCGUGUGACAAAGAACUCGAGAGUUUGCAGUCACUGCCAUGAGGCUACCAAGUUCAUAUCCAAGAUGUGCAACAGAGAGAUCAUUCUGAGAGAUUCAAACAGGUUCCAUCAUUUUGAAGAAGGCAGGUGUUCUUGCAGAGGUUACUGCUGAAAGAAACAUCAGUCAGGUAACUGUAGUUUGUUCAUAGCAGAGAGGACAUAUGUUUCUUGCUACUAUCAGCACCAUAUGGUCUCGCAAAUACAGUGAUUUGCCUAGUUUACAAUAUGAAGAGGUGAACAAUGCGGGAAGAUGCCUUUGUAAGAAACAGCAAUUUUGUACGUUAAAGAAAUUACAGUUACAAUCCAUAGAAAUGUAAAGAAAUAAAAAAGAUAAAGACAUUUCAACAUCUUUAAAUGAAAAUCAUGUGUGUCAGCGGAAACGAGCUUUUU